GGGAGGGUGCUCGCGCGCGCCCCGACCCCGCGACAGUAGCGUGACCGUGACGGCGGCGUGACGGCCGAGACCGAGCCGAGCGACACCGGCAGCGAGCCAGGUCAUGACCUCCGCUCGGAGGGGAGUCGGCAGCACGUGUAGCGUGCCCCGCAAGUGACUGGGCGCGGACACGUGGCGGUGUGAGGAGGGCGGCGGCGCGUGCCACGUGUGCCGCGAGUGGCUCGGUGCUGACACGUGGCGGUGUGAAGCGCCAUGUACGCAUCGGUAAGCGGCCACUCUGGCGGCGGCUCGGGCAAACACUUCUCGAAGAAGUCGCGCUCGGUACGACAGCCCCGCUCUCUGUACCGGCGCCUGGUCAACUUCGUCACCCAGUACGUCACCGGCGUCCAGUUCAGGUCCGAUUCGGAGCUGGAGGAGUUCGAGGGUGACCAGCGGUACCACCCGCGCGACGUCAUCUCCCUCUCUGCCGACACGCACUUCUCGCCGCACGAGGUGAAGCGCAUCUACCGCGGCUUCAAGGUCGAGUGCCCCAUGGGCGUGGUCGACGAGGACGACUUCAAGGACAUCUACUCGAGAUUCUUCCCGCAGCAGUCGAAUACCAGCUUGUACGCCCACUAUGUGUUCAACACAUUCGACGUGAGCUCCCCCGACAGAGUCAUCAAUUUCGAGGAGUUUCUGAAGUGGUUAUCCCGACUAUGCCGGGGCACGGUAGAAGAGAAGCUGCGCUGGAUGUUCCGCCUGUACGACAUCAACAACGACGGCAGGAUCACCCGCGGAGAGAUGACGUCAGUGUUCAUCAGUAUCUACGCCCUGCUGGGAGGCGUUACGCUGGGCAUGCUUCAGGACGACUCGGUCGUCUCCACCAAGGUGGACCACGUCUUUCAAAGGAUGGACACGAACCGGGACGGCGUGGUGACCCUGGACGAGUUCCUCGACUUCUGCUCGUCCGACCAGACGGUACUGCAUUCGCUCUCACAGCUCACCACCGUGCUAUGAGUGCCGGUUGUCGGGGCUGGGUCACGUGACCAGACGGUGCUGCUCUCGCUCUCACAGCUCACCACCAUGCUAUGAGUGCCAGUCGCCAGGGAUGGGUCAGCCGGCCGGCCGGUACAGGGCACGCGGCUGAAUCUUACUCGGCUCUGUCACCGGCCACGCCGUCCAGUGGUAUGGUUAGACAGAACACCUGUGGCCACCUGGACCACAGCGAUCAGCACACAGCAGUCAACAACCAGCAUCAGACCGAACACUGGAGCCGCGAUCAGCACGGCAGUGGCGGCUUGGGGGACCGAACUCUUCAAGAGAGGGUGUGUUCGCGUCUACGGUCGGCCUCAGCCCGGCUGGGCGGGUAACGCCCGGACCCCGGCCGUGCUAUGUACGAUCACCGGACGCGAAUUCUGCACUCAGUGGCGUGCGUCGCUGUGCGUGCCGGGCGCGUGAGCGUCCGCGGCAGCCGCAGAUGGUCCGCAGGCGGCGACGACCCGCCCCCGGCAAAACACUAAUGGCCGCCGGGCCGGCUCGGGUUCCGGCCGCCGGGCGGCAAAGAACGGUCGGAGGCACGGGCCGACGAGCCCAGCGAGCUGCUUUCGGCCCAGCAUCGACUCCGGCUCCGGCCCUGGCCCCUGCCCUAGCCCUGGCUCCGGCUCCGACUCCGGCUC